CGGGGCGGGGCGAGGCGGGGCCGGCAGCCCUGAGGGAACCGGAGCCGGAGCGGAUCGGCGGCGAUGUCGGUGCAGGUGGCGGUGGCCGCGCCCGCCGUGGAGCUCAAGGAGCUGGGCGGCCCCAUGGACAAGGCAGCGGGGCCGCCGUGCGAGCCUGCGGGCGCUCACGCAGCGGGACACGGCGUAGCGGCGGCGGCGCCCGCCUGCCCCGUACCGGGCGGUGAGCGUGAGGCGGCCCCGGCCCCCUGCGCCGAGCGGCCUCCGGGCAGCGGCUGCCCCGGGCUGUCCUCGGCCGCCGCCAAAGCGCCGCAAGCCUCGGCCAUGAAGAGGAGCGAUCCUCACCACCCCCAGCACCGGCACCGUGACGGCGGAGAGAGCGGCGGCGCCGCGGCCGAGGCGCUGGUGAGCCCCGACGGUACCGUCAGCGAAGCGCCGCGCACCGUCAAGAAGAUCCAGUUUGCUGACCAAAAGCAGGAGUUCAACAAGCGCCCGACCAAGAUCGGCCGCCGGUCACUGUCCCGCUCCAUCUCGCAGUCCUCGACAGACAGCUACAGCUCAGCUGCCUCCUACACGGACAGCUCCGACGAUGAGACCUCCCCGAGGGACAAGCAGCAGAAGAACUCCAAGGGCAGCAGCGAUUUCUGCGUGAAGAACAUCAAACAGGCCGAGUUCGGGCGCCGCGAGAUCGAGAUCGCCGAGCAGGAGAUGCCGGCGCUGAUGGCUCUGAGGAAGAGAGCUCAGGGGGAGAAGCCCCUGGCCGGGGCCAAAAUCGUGGGCUGCACUCACAUCACGGCACAGACAGCGGUGCUGAUGGAGACUCUGGGAGCGUUGGGAGCUCAGUGCCGCUGGGCCGCCUGCAACAUCUACUCCACCCUCAACGAGGUGGCGGCGGCGCUGGCCGAGAGCGGGUUCCCUGUGUUUGCCUGGAAGGGCGAAUCCGAGGACGAUUUCUGGUGGUGCAUCGACCGCUGCGUCAACGUCGAGGGCUGGCAGCCCAACAUGAUCCUGGAUGAUGGGGGAGAUCUCACCCACUGGAUCUACAAGAAAUACCCCAACAUGUUCAAGAAGAUCAAGGGCAUUGUGGAGGAGAGCGUCACCGGGGUCCACAGGCUGUACCAGCUCUCCAAGGCGGGGAAGCUCUGCGUGCCGGCCAUGAACGUCAACGACUCCGUCACCAAACAGAAGUUCGACAACCUCUACUGCUGCCGGGAGUCCAUCCUGGACGGCCUGAAGAGGACCACAGACAUGAUGUUUGGAGGGAAGCAGGUGGUGGUUUGUGGCUAUGGGGAGGUGGGGAAGGGCUGCUGUGCUGCCCUGAAGGCCAUGGGCUCCAUCGUCUACGUCACCGAGAUCGACCCCAUCUGCGCCCUGCAGGCCUGCAUGGACGGGUUCCGGCUGGUGAAGCUCAACGAAGUCAUCAGGCAGGUGGACAUCGUCAUCACCUGCACAGGGAACAAGAACGUGGUGACCAGGGAACAUCUGGACAGGAUGAAGAACAGCUGCAUUGUCUGCAACAUGGGGCACUCCAACACCGAGAUCGACGUGGCCAGCCUGCGCACGCCCGAGCUCACCUGGGAGCGCGUGAGGUCCCAGGUGGAUCACGUCAUCUGGCCCGACGGGAAGAGGAUCGUGCUGCUGGCAGAGGGCCGCCUGCUGAACCUGAGCUGCUCCACCGUGCCCACCUUCGUCCUGUCCAUCACGGCCACCACCCAGGCCCUGGCUCUGAUAGAGCUGUACAACGCUCCCGAGGGCCGCUACAAGCAGGACGUGUACUUGCUGCCUAAAAAAAUGGACGAGUACGUGGCCAGCCUGCACCUGCCCACCUUCGACGCGCACCUGACGGAGCUGACGGACGAGCAGGCCAAGUACCUGGGGCUCAACAAGAACGGACCUUUCAAACCCAACUACUACAGAUACUGAGUUCCUGCCGCCGCAUCCCGGAGAAUCACCAGGAACUGCGACAAGCACCCGAGUCUUUCUCAACUACUGUACAGGAUGAAACCGCGCAAGCUUCCCACGCUAGAGCCGGGCUUGCUGCCAUAGUCGACAGUGUGUUUUAGGUUAUUUAUUUAUUAAAUUAGGAUACUGUUCAUGUGGCCUCUGCCACUGGUGUUCGUCCUGCCGCGGGACUGGGAGACGCUGGAUUUUUUUUCCGUUCCUUUCAUUUUCCUCUUUGGGUUCGUUCUUUUUCGGGGCUGGGAGGAGGGGGAAGGCGAGGAGGAAGCUGCUGGAAUCGAGCCGUGGAAUAGUCCCAGGGAAUCUGCGGCGGUUUGGCAACGGAGCCAAAAUCCUCGUGGGCUGCGGGUGCUGCUGCCCUGCCAGAGCUGCCUCAGGAGUGGAGAAGCCUCUCCGUGUGCCCUGGAAGUGCCCGGGGCCGUGCCCAGCCAGGGAACCUCGCCUUAGCACCGCCCGGAGCUGUGCCCAGGGGUCAGCACCGGCCCGGGGAGAGCCCCCCUGGCCACAGCCCCGCGGCGUUUUCCUGCUGCUGUCGUUCCCAGUGCCAACCUCUCUGGAUCAACCAAAGUCGUGUUCCCGGCGGGGCAGGGGCAGGGAACCCGCCCUGCCCGCGCCGCUGGAAGGGCCUCCUCGCCCACCGAUGCUGCUCACGCGCCCGGCAGCUCCUGCCACGCCAAGCAGAGCUCGCCCGGCCGCCCGUCAUUCAGCCGGUUCUUCUCCAGCUGGAUUUCAGUUCUCAUUGGAAACGUUCGGAGUUUUAUUUUCUGCUCAUAUUUGUAUGAAUCUGGAAUUCCCCUUCGGAAUGGAUGAGACGUCCGCCGGAGCGACCCCCACGGAUUCUGUGCCAGGGGAGAGUUCGGCAUCACUGAAACUCUUUGGUCACCUCGAUGUGUCAGAGCUGAUGGAGAAUAAAUUUGCCAGAGUUCCCUGUUUUAUCCCAGGACAGCGUGACCCUUAGCAAGGUGACGUCCCAAGUGCCGCUGUCUGCGCGGAGUCACUCCCGUCCCUCGUGGAGAACACGAUCCUGCUGAAAUAAAACUGCCCAGCCCCGUGAGCACAGAAGCCUCUGUCCUCCCUGUUGGCUCCCGAGUCUCUCAUCGGCUGCAGAUCCGUGUUUUGUCCUCCUGGGCUUCUUUGCUAUCAUGGAGAACUUUUUUGUGGCAGCUCGUUCACGCACAAGGAAGGGAAAACGGGGGAAUUUCGGCCUCGCGUCCUUCCCACGGCUCUCAGGAGAUUUGGAGUCAGGUUGGCCACAAGUCGCAAACCUUCCCAUGUGCCAGCUUAUUCCAAGUUUCUCUUUGAAAUCUCUCAAAAUCAGGAAGGAAAACCUUGAGAAGAGCUUGAGGAAACCGUGAAGAGGCCUUGGGAAGGCGUCAGGGCUUUGCCAAGGCCUUGAGGAGACCUUCAGGCUUCGAGAAGCUUCCAGUAGACUGAUGGCUAACCACAGACUCAAAAUGAUCUCUGCUCAUUCAUUUUACCCAUAUCCUGAGAUGUUUUGGGAAGAAUCCCCUGAGCUGUUUGAAACAUCACUCCCAAGUCUUUCUCCCCAAGCUGGAUCCUGGUCUGGCAGCCCCUGCUGUUUUCUGGAGCUGCUCCUGGCCCAGGGGAGAUGCAGCUGUGGGGUCAGAGCAGCUUUGGGAAGAACGGGAAUCCCAUCCCAACCCAAGCACAGCCACUUCCCCCUGGAAAAGCCCCUUUCAUCCUGACCCCUCUCAUGGCCAGAGCUGCCUCCCACCCUGUGCCUGCUCUGCACAGCCCCAGAUCCCUUCGUGCCCCGUUCUAACCUCCUUUUAUCUUCCAGGUAGAUAGGAAGGGAAAAAAAAAUAUAUAUAUUAAUACUAAAAUCCCAACUGGCUUUUCCCACCUCGAUUUUUAAAGCUCUUCUCCAUGUUCUGCUUCUCCUGUAAAAGCUUUUUGGCUCGCUUGGCUUUUUUCCUAAUCAACCUGGAAUCAUAUCCUAUGAUCAUCUCUAAAUUAAACGUGUAAUGGGGUUUGGUUUUUCUUUUUUUUUUUUAAUGUAACACAUUUUUCAAGACUUAGGAAAAAGGAGAUUUUAGGUAACACCAGCAAAAUCGCAUAAAGGAAAUUAAUUCUGUUCUGAACUUUAGAGAUAAUAAGACAAAACUCGUCAUCAGCAGUGAGGAAACGAAAACGUCGCAACCGUAACAUUUCAGAAGGAUGUUUUAAAUAUUAAUGUCUGAGUGAUUGUAUUAGAUCAGCAAUAAAGACUCUGUAAUCUCAAAACACAAAUAAAACAUUGGAAAACUCA